CAUGACCGUAGUGAUGGUAGCCAUGAAGAAAUUCACGGUAGUGGCUAAAGCUUUUAUGCUUAUUGUUUUUGUUGUCCAUGUCAAUGGAGUAAAAUCGUCGACAGAAAACAUAAACAGCGGAAAACCUACAACUUCUCAACCACCAUCUGUUCAAGGAUGGGUUGAAUUCGUAAACCAAGGAAUGACGCUACUGCCGAGCUAUAUGACUUUAGAAGAACUACUUGGUACGAUGAGCAUGAUUCCAACGCUAGACGAAAAUACAUUUGGGAUUAUUCUUCAAAGUUUAAACAUAGAUGUACCGAACUCUUCAGAACUUACUAACCUGAUGGCAGUUUUGAAAAACCUUUUGAAGAUAGUCUCUUGGGGAUCUACACAACUUCCGGACGGCAACAUUGGCGAUCUAGUCAGUUUGAUAUCAACGAUGGACGAUCAAAAUCUGGAGUUAUUAUUUCAGAGUUUGAACGUAGAUAUGUUAAGCUCUACACAAUUUGCCGAUGCUCAGAGAAUCUUACAAGAUUUGAUAGCAUCAGUUCAUGAUGGACAAUCGACGACUGCGAACACAAACACCGGACAAUCUACGACUUUUAGGCCACCAUCUGUUCAAGGUUGGGCUGAAUUCUUAAACCAAGCAAUGAGCAUAUUGCCGAGUUCUAUGACUUUAGAGGAACUGCUUGGCACGAUGUCUAUGAUUCCGUCGCUGGAUGAACAAACCUUUGCGGCAUUGCUUCAAAGUUUAAACAUUAAGGUACCGAAUUCUUCAGAACUCAGCAACGCGAUGACGGUUUUAGAAGGUCUCUUAAGCAUAGUAACAUGGGGAUCCUCACAACUUCCCGGAGGCAAUGUAGACGACCUGGUCAAUUUGAUAUCAAAUAUGGAUGAAAACAGUCUUCAGUCAUUACUUCAGAGUUUGAACGUAGAUGAAUUAAGUUCUUCACAAUUUGCUGAUGCCCUGGCAAUUUUACAAGAUUUAAAAAAAUCAGUUUCCGAUGAAAAUGUAUCACCUCCCAGUGGCGAUUUAAAUGAUAUUCUUAACAUGAUAUCGACGAUGAACGAACAAGAUCUGCAGUUAUUACUUCAAAGUGUUAACAUUAAUAUUAUGAAUCCUUCAGAAAUCAGUGGUAUGUUGACUGUUUUGCAAACCUUACACAAUUUGAUAUCUGCAGGAAGUAUUCAAGUUCCUAAUGGCGAUAUUGACGAAUUUCUAAAUAUGAUGACAUCUAUGGACGUUCAGAGUUUGACGUUGUUACUACAAAACUCAAAUAUAAACGGGAUCGACCCAUCGCAACUUAGCGAUGCGCUGGCUGUUUUACAAAGCUUACAGAGUUCAACAUCUGUGGAUAAUUCCCAGAAAAACAACAGCACGAAUUCAAAUCUGAUAAACAAUGUGGACUUAGCUGAACUAAGCCCCGACUGCAGUGCCGGUAUAAGCUUUAUUGUUUCAGAAAUAGUAGGACAGAACCAAUGGGCACUACAAGUAAUUGACUCGUGGGGAAAACCAGCCGCUGGUAUUUUGGACGGAAAUAUUAACUGGCUUGGGUCAUAUGAUCAAUGCCUAUCUAUAGAACCCGAAUAUCAGGAGGAAAACACCUUCCAACUCAACUACUGUGUCUCUGGUUUCAAAUACAACGCCCUGAACGUUCCGAUCCUAGGAAUGUGUCUUCCAAAAAGUUGUACUGAAAAUGACGUUAAAAUUAUCACUAACUCGGUGCUUCAACAAAUUUCUAUGGAUGAACCACUAACGGCCAACUACGCCAGAUGCAAAAGUGAAAUCGAACACGAUACAAUUACUAUAGUAGCAAUAUGUGUGUGCUCUAUUUUCCUUGCUUUUAUGGUAUUUGCGACCUUUUAUGACGUGUUCAUCUUGAGUCCAAAACUAGAAAGCACGGACGAACCAUCCGUUACAAAGAUUGAGGAAGAUACCAGUAAAACCACCAAUGACUUAACUUUUGUCUCAGUAGAGAACAAUGAAAGCUGUCAGGAGGCAGACCUAGAAUCAAAUUCUAAGGUCUACCACAUCGAUACAAAAGAUAGUAAUCCAAAACUUAAAAACCGAGACGGACAUUUGGAGAGCAAAACGCCUUCUCACCAUUCGGGUUUGUUUGUAAAGCUAGUUCUGUCCUUUUCUGUGUUGACGAAUGGGAGAAAGCUGCUUUGUACCAAAACAACGAGAGAAAACAUCGGAGCAGUCACCGGAAUCCGAUUCAUGACUAUGGCAUGGAUUAUCCUUGGACAUACGUAUUACACCAAUGCCAUACUGUCAAAGAAUAUGAGCAUGCUGCCGUACUAUAGUCGCAUCCAGCAACGUCUAAGUAUUAUGCCUGUGGUAAAUGGAAUGCUUUCGGUGGAUACUUUCUUUGUCCUUAGUGGUCUACUGGUGUCCUACUAUUUUAUGAAGGAAAUGAAGAGACAAAAAGGUCGUAUCAACUGGUUCAUGUUCUACUUCCAUAGAUUAUUGAGAAUAACACCAACGUAUAUGUUGGUGAUAUUGAUGGAUGUCGCUUUCUCCCGUUACUAUGCCGACGGUCCAUCGUGGUCGCAGACUGAAUUUACAUCUGGUUAUUGUAAGGACUCCUGGUGGACUAACCUUCUUUAUGUGAACAAUUUCAUCAACACUGACAAAAAGUGUUUUACAUGGGCAUGGUUCUUGGCAAAUGAUAUGCAGUUCUACAUCCUCAGUCCACUCCUACUAGUCCCACUUUACUUCUCCAAAAAGAUCGGAGCAGUUGUCGUCACGAUCUUUCUGCUCGGAGGAACGAUAGGUGCAGCCAUUACUGCCGCUCAGUAUCCAUCAGCCAACACCUUGUUAAUCCCGAUACCAACUCUUGAUCCCGAUACUGACGCAAAUAACUUUCGUAAAAGCAAAGACUUCUUCAAUGAAUAUUUCAUUAAGCCGUACAGUCACAUAGGACCCUAUGUCUUGGGUAUUGUGACUGGGUAUAUCCUCUUCAAAACUGGAGGCAAAUGCAGGAUCAAUAAGCCAUUGAACGUUUUCAUGUGGAUGCUUUCGGCUUCCCUUUCCGGUUUGGUGGUGUUUGGUCUUUACGAGGAUUUCAGGGGCAAUCCGAUGAGCUCUGAACUUUUAAUUCUGUACUAUGCUGUUAACAAAACCGUGUGGGGAGCCUGCAUAUGUUGGGUCGUAUUUGCAUGUGCAACUGGAAAUGGAGGAUUUGUGAAUACACUUUUGUCGUGGAGUCCGUUCAUCUCCCUCAGCCGACUAACCUUUUGUGCCUACCUUGUCCAUCCUUCGGUCAUUUUGGCAUAUAAUUUAUCCCUAAGACAAGGGGUAUAUGCGAGUGACUACAGUGUGAUAUACAUGUUCAUUGGACAUCUGAUCAUGACGCUGAUGGGAGCCUUUGUUACCUCCCUUGCGUUCGAGUCCCCAAUAAUUGGACUUGAAAAGGCAAUCCUCAGAAGGGAUAAGAAGAACAAAUAGCUGAUGGGAAAGAACACAUAUGCGGAUGUAUAUCCAUUCUUCUGGCCUUGAGUGACAAACGAAAAACAAUUAUAGCUACCCAUGAAAAAAUGGUAGAAAUAUCAAUUAUACAAAACAUUUUCUAAAACUGUAUAACUAUGUUAUACAUAUUCGAUCGCUUUCACUGCAAUGCACGCAUUAUCACAGACACUGAUUUUAAAUGUAUUUAUUUGUUGGGCGAGUUUUCUUACCAUCAUUAUAGAUAACUGUUGUAUUUUAGAGCUAAUAUUGGUAUUAAAACUAAAUGGUUCAUUCGUUUUUUGUAUAAAUAUUUUGAUGACAUGACCAGAGAUACUUCUGAGUUAAAAAGUAUUUAUAACAUGAUAUGUCUGGAUGAGUUUUUAGCGUGUUCAUACUAUAUGUCUGGAUGAGAUUUAACGUAUUCAUACAGUGAAACCUCUAUAAACCGAACAUACAUGGGACAUGGAUAUUUGUUCGGUUAACAGAGGGUUCGGUUUGGAGGAGUUAGUCGAAAUAACCGGUCGAGUUCCGAAUAUAAUUGGUCGGACGAUGUUUUCUUACAAUGUACCCGAUUACAAACCGGCACGUAGGUAGACAAUUUGGUUUGUCUGAAUAAUAUGAAUAUUAUGAAAGUUAAUCAAUGUAUAUAUUGCAGAUUAUAUAAGAAAGACAAAUAAAUAUAACUAGAUUUGAACAGUAUUUUUACAUGUACAACUGCACUUUACGAUCGGCCUACAUUUUGUUACAUCCGGUGAAGCUUCGUCAUGUGGAGGGGGUCGAUACGGAAUAUUUUACACAUCGAGAAAUAUGUGGUGUGAAGAUUUUUUGUUUCAAUGUUAAUUACAAUUGAUCAGUUGAUACUGGUCGUAUUUCCGACAUCCGUCUAAAAAAACAUCACGGGCUUCAUUUACGACCAUGCAAAUACAACCUCCUGUGGGACUCAUUUAAAUUAGAUGCGAAACUCGCGAUUGCGCUUCUAGCUCUACUUGCAUUGCGAAGAUAAACAAACCGCCGCGCUUCAAUGAAGUGUGGCAUUGAUUCAUAAUUGUCAUGUUGAUUAUACACUAGGCCUACCGUCAUAAGCCCCCUUGUGGUAUAUAUUGGAUGCCCGAACAAAUCAUCUAUGAUAUGUCUGGAUGGGUUUUAACGUAUUCAUACUAUAAUAUGUCUGGAAGAGUUUUAACUUAUUCAUACUUUGAUAUGUUUGGUGAGUUUUAACUUGUCCAUACUAUGAUAUCUCUGGAUGAAUUCUAACGUGUUCAUACUAUGAUAUGUUUGAAUGAGUUUUAACGUGUUCAUACUAUGAUAUGCCUGGAUGAGUCGUCACAAAAUUAGUAUAAGCUCCUGAUCUAUACGAAGUUAUCAUAAUGUCAAUGUCAUCACACUCACAGGGGCUCGUUGUCGAAUUUUCAGAAAUGCUACACACGACAACAUUAAAAGUCUAGCAUUUAUAAAAAGAAAAUCUUGUGAAAAAUCGGCAGUAUUGACAUAGAUUCCGGUUGUGUAUGCAUACUGAAUUUCAGUUUUGUGGUUAUUCACUGAUCAAUGUCAGUGAAUAACCACAAAACUGUACUCCAAAAUCGAGCCCCUGUGAAGUUGAACAUCGUCUGCUAGGCCUAAGUUAGCGACACUGAUGUGGCGGAUUAGACUGGAAUCGAACGAAAUAUCCUUGGAAUCUUUUUCACCUACAGUCAAGACGACUUUCAUUUAAAAUUUAAAAGCUGAUAUUCUUCUGAAAAUAACGUAAAUCCAGUCGAUAGAAACAUAGGCUAAAUGUUUCCGAGGAACCUGUGCAAUACCCGUUCAACGCCGGAUGACUUCUAAAUGUAAACCGUAUAGCAUUGCGCCGGAAAACGGGUUCGAUUUUAAACAAUCAGAAAAUAUGCAAUUGUGAACAAUUUGACCAUAUCUAUAAACGCAUAUGAAAUAUAAGACAAAGCCAAAUUUGUGCAAAAACCAUUUAAUGUGAUUGCUAUUAAUAACGACAUCAAUGACUAUAUUAUUCCUUCUGGAAUUUCGGCUACAGUAAAUAAAAAAGUCCCAUUAUACUACACAGACAACCAAUCCUUACAAUCAGUAGUAUUUAAUGUUGAGUUGUUAAGCAUUUUGCUUGUUUCAGUUAGGAAGUGGACCGAAAACAUUAUUUCAUUUUCGGGAACUCCAACAAAUAUGAUAAAAUACAUACAAAGUAUGAUGGAAAAUCAAACGAAUUUUCGGAAUAUGUCACUGGGUGCAAAUAAAGAAAUUGUCUUUA